AUGGAUACUGGACAACAGAUGACAAUUAAGGUGUAUCAUCAAGAAUUAGGCUACAAGGGUAGUCCUUUCACUUGGUGGAAUGGAAGGCCAAAUGAGGAACGCAUCUUCAAGAGAUUGGAUAGAAUUUGUGUGAACAUGACUUUUCAAACACUAUUUCCUAAUAUAGAAGUGGAGCAUCUCAUAAGAACAGGCUCAGAUCAUACUCCACUUUUGAUGAGCUGUGGUGAAGAGGCAAUGAAGUUUGUAAAACCAUUCAAGUUUCUGAACUUUGGGGCAAAACAUGAAUCAUUUAUGGAGGUGUUGGCUAUAAGGAAGGAUGUGGUUAGAAUCAAGGAGAUGUUGUUUGAAGAAGAUCCUUCUGUGGCAAAUAGAAUAGUACUUCAACAAGCUCAAGCUGAGUUGAAGAAGUACUUAAGCGUUGAAGAACAAUACUGGAAACAAAAAGCAGGUAUGACUUGGUUUGAGGAAGAGGACAAAAACACUAUAUUCUUUCAUAACCAUGUCAAUGGUAAGAGGCAAAAGCUACAAUUGAAAAGGAUCCAGAAUUAUGAUGGUGCAUGGAUUGAAUCUCAAGACAUAUUAUCUAAUGUUGCAGUAGAGUUUUUUCAGAAGCAGUUCACUUAG